AUGUUCUCCGAAGUAUUGUCACCAAUGGCAAAACGAACAACUAAGCUGCCGCCAGCUACAGUGGCUACAAAGGCGGAUUUGAGGAACCGCCCUAUCGCACAGCCUGUGAGUCGGCGUAGGGGCCAACAAGCAACGCCUAACAACGCCAACAACAACAGCAAUAACAACAGCGCGGAAGACAAAAGUAACAACACAAAUGAUACCAAGGACAGCAAAGAUGGCAAGGAAAAGGCCAGCAAGAAGAAACGAAAGAAGAACAAGAAGAAGAGCCAAUCGGGACCCAUUAGUCCGCAGGACCGUCGAAACUCUGGAAACGGAUACAACGUCCUGGUAGACGAGAAUGACGACAAAUCUGGAGAUGAGGGAGAGAGAAGCUCUAAGAAGAGAAGAACUGCGGGAUCUGCUGCAUCGACCACCGCUUCUUCAGAUAUGGACAGCGAAAAUGAGAGAUCGGUCUCCACAGCACCUACAUCUGCCCCAGCUCCCAAACCUCCUGCUGACUCUCCUCCUCCUCCACCACCAGUUGAUCCCAGUGAGUGGAACAUGAACGAGGAUUUUGUCGGGUUUGAUUUUUCGGAUGGUGAGGAUGAGGAAGACGAAGAGCCAGAGGAGCCCGUCAGAUCGCGUAAGCGAACUAUCGAGGAGGUGGACGAUGCAAGUUCAGGACCUGCUUCCAAGAAACAGGACCUUGAGGCCCCAUGGAUCAAGUCAAACUACCAUCAAUACGACCGUGUGUCUGAUUGGUUGCAGGAGGAAGUGAUGGACUUUGUCAAGUACAUUUCUCCCACUCAGUCGGAGAUAAAGGCACGUCAGGAUCUGGUGGAGCGUGUUCGAGGGGCCGUGAACGGCCUGUGGGGAGACGCGAAGGUGCACGUACUGGGAUCAUUCACUACCAACAUGCACCUGCCUCAGAGUGAUAUUGAUCUCGUCGUCUGCAGUCCUCACGGACACUACGGCGAGAGAGCUUGCAUUUACCAGCUCAGCAGUGUCAUUCGAAGCCGGAUGAAGGUUGCGGAGCUCCAGACUAUCACAAAGGCCAGAGUGCCUAUUAUCAAGUUCAUCGACUCGAGAACGGGCGUCCAUGUGGACAUAUCGUUUGAGAAGGACGGAGGAAUCAAGACUGCAUCUACCAUCACGAAAUGGAGCAAGAGCAUGCCUGCUCUUCGACCCCUGGUGUUGAUUGUCAAACAGUUCCUGUCGAGUAGACGACUUAACGAGGUCUUCACAGGUGGUCUGGGUGGAUUUUCAGUCAUUUGCAUGGUGUACUCGUUCCUGAUUCAGCAUCCCCGAAUUUCGACGGGCGACAUUAGCCCCAUGGACAACCUUGGAGUUUUGUUGAUUGAGUUCUUCGAGCUCUACGGUGUCAACUUCAAUUACGAGCGUGUUGCUCUCAACAUGGAUGGUAACUGUGGUUACCUUAGCAAACGUUUGUACCCUGAUCUCAUUGGUCGAAACCCCUUUGCCGUGGCAAUCCGUGAUCCUGAUGAUCAUGAGAACAAUAUUUCCCAGGGAACCUUCAACAUGCGAAAUAUCAAACGUGCCUUCAGCGGUGCAUUCCAACUGCUGUCGGGUAAGUGUCUUGAUAUGAACAAGACUGGAUAUAAGGGACGCCAGGGGAAGAGUUUACUGACAUCCAUCAUCAAGCUGAAGGGUCCUGUCCGAGACCAGACCCCUGAUGCAAUUACCGAACCUCUCAAGUACACAGGUGGAGGGGAUGAGUUCAAGAUCCCUCAGGACGCUGUGUACAACUCCGUGCUAAUGAACGAUGAGGACGAGGAUGAGAAGGCUAAGCAAGCAGAAGAUGCUGACAAAACAAAGAGGCGUGCUGCCCAGAGGGAGGAGCAGAAAAAGAAGAAGGAGUUGACUACUGCAUCAGAUGACAAGAUUCCCAAGGGUCCAGCAGCAGAUAGAAACCAGCCCAAGGCCGAUCAGAGAAAAAUGUCCAAGGAUAGAGCCGCUGCACGAGCUGCUGCGCGUGAGGUGAUGGAGAUUUCGAGCGAUGACGACGACGGUUCCGACAGCAAGAAUGGUGGAGCUAAGAGCAAUCCCAUUGACUUGUCGUCGGAUGAGGAGAAGGGUCGAUCUGACAUCAAGAAAGAUCCUUCGGCCAAGCGACGAUUCUGGCAGCAGAAAGGAGGACUGGAUUACUAG